GAGCGAGGAAGAAUUUCAACUCCAGUGAGGGUACAGCGACAUCCUCCAGCAUGAAAUAAGCACCUAGCUUGAUGUAAUUUAUUAUUGGCUUUAAAAUAACAAAAUGUGGAGGUUAAACAAAGUUCGCCACAAAGCUGGUCGACAAGGCGACAGCUUGGAGGAGUUCAAGUUAAAGAGACGAGAGCACGAAAAAGUACUGAGACAGGCCCGCAGAGACAGACAGCUUGUAAGCAAGAGACUCCUGCUGAAUGACGAUGAGGACCAGCCAGAGGUCACCAUGGACACUCACUCAGGGGAACAGGACGUGAUCAGUUUGUUCCACAAACUCCAACGCAGCGGGCCAGAGAGGGAGGCCGACCUGAAAGCCUUGAGUAAAGCUCUCCGUGACCCAUCAGCGCAGCUCACCUUCAUCAAGCAGGAGAACAGCAUGCAUCUCCUGGUUGGUCUCCUCACCGGCUCUAAUGCUACAUGCCGUCUGCAGGCUGUUCGCUGUCUUCAUGAGCUGUCUCACUCUCCCCACACCAACGUGGCUCCAGCCUGUCUGCCUGCCACCCCCUACCUGCUCACCUACCUGUCUGGCCAGAGCACCAAGUUCACUGAGCUGUGUCUCUACACGCUAGGUAAUUUAUGCCCAGACAGUGAUGCUGUAAAAGAGAAACUCCUGGCCCAGGGAGUCAUACCAUCUCUGGCCAACUGUAUCGAGAACCAGAGACAUAACCUUGCAGUGGUGGAAGCUGUGGGCUUCACCCUCUCUCAGCUUCUCCAGGCUAAAGAUGCAGCAAAGAAAAUGAUCCCCAUUGUCCUCGCCUCAAGUUUACCUUCACACUUGUUAUCGGUUCUUACUCCGGACCCAAAUUUUGGCCUGGCACCUGCCAUUGAGUGUGCGUGGUGUCUGCACUACCUCACAUGCAGCAUGGAGGAUAACAGAGUGCUGUUGGCUCAAGGGGCCCUGUUGAAGUCUAGUUCACUAGUAGUGUCACUAGGGGGCGCUGUGGCUGAAGGAAACAUAGAAGAAGGAAUGGAGCUGCUCAUCUGUCCUCUGCUGAGGUGCGUGGGAAACCUCCUGUCCUCCUGCCCAGUGGAAGACCUGAGCACUCAAGUGGGCGAUGUUCAUAUUGUAGUUGCUCUGUGUGCGAUUCUUAAGGCCUACCUGCAGACCCAGCCAGCCCUGGCCAGAGAGAGCGCCUGGGUCCUCAACAACCUCACAGCUCACUCCAGUGCUCUGUGUUCUGCUCUGCUGACUCUCAACCUGGUCCCUGGACUGAUCCAGCUCCUUCCUUUCUCUCAAGGCAUCAAUACGAUGAUCCUGAGGGUUCUGGCAAAUAUAGCCCAUAAGAAAAGGGAGUUUUGUGUCCAGCUGGCCCAUCUUGGAUUGCUCUCUGCACUCUGUGCCACACUUAAAAUGGCCGACCAAGAGAUGGUGACCCUGAGCAUGGAUAUGCUGUUCAUGCUGGUCAUUAGUGGUCCACAGGUGGCCGAGGAGUUUGUGAGGCAAGGCGGGCUUUCACUGUUAGAAGCCAGUCAGUACAACAGCGAAGAAGAGAUCAGACGAAGAGCAACGUAUCUGCUGGAGCACCACCUGCUGUCCUACUCAUCCUAUUGCUCGGUGGACAACACCUCAAACUCCUGAAACAACAGGAAGGGUUCAUAUUCACAGUGUCACAAAACACUGUUACCAUGACAACACACUUGAGAAUACAGGACUUCCUGUUUACUUUUUGCAAUCUGUGUAAUGAACAAACAAUGUUGUUAUAUUUAAAGUAAUUUUUAGACUUUUUAAAUAUGAUGGUAUUUUGAUGUUCAUUGUUGUUAUCAGUGGUAUUUAAAUACAUAUAAAGAUGAAAUCAGAUUUUUUUAAUACCUGAAACUCCUCUGGUCUUAACACUCUGACAUGUUUGCAUAUUUGCAUCAAAGUCUCUCAUCUGAAACUGGAACACCAACUGUACGUACAGGGGAUGGAUUUAUAUGACCCACUGUAAAUAUUUAGAAUGAGUGCGAGGGCACCCUUUGUAUUUAUUGGCUUUGUGAUGAUGUUGUAUUUUAGAUGUAUCAUGUAUUUUGAGCCAAAAAGCCUGAGAUGUCUUUCAUGGCUGUACAUUCAGCAGAUGAAUUGUAAAUUAAUAAAU